AAACCUAUAAAUAAUCCCUUGAUCAUAGAAUAAAAGUCACUUUAACGCUCCAACCCAAAUCCCAAGCGUGUUGAUUGGUUUACCCUUGGCUUGGCAGGCAACUCGAGCGCAUACAAUUUGACUGGAGAGUCGGGAUCAGGAAGUAGAUCAGACAACUCUGUGGAAAUUCUCAGUGCAUGGAAAUAUAAUUCAGUUUCAGUUCGCAGUUUGUUUUUGGAAUGGAGCGAGAGAUUGAGACAGUAGCGGCUCUUAAAGCACUUGGAUAUGACAGUGAUCUCUGUAGGACACGGUGUGAAUGUGAUGAACUGCCGUGUCCACUGCUUUCCUGGCUGGUGCUGGAGCUGAGGAAAAGCUGUCCCGAACUUGGAGGAGCGAGUGGCAACAUUCUGGUCGGGGAACUGAAAGAGAUCCUGAAAGUACUGGUGUGCCCUUAUGACACGCUCGGCACAGAGACUCUGACCCCCGUUCAUCUCAAAAGAAUUGCAGAGUUCCUGAUUGCAGAGUUACAAGCAGCACAUAUGCUGAAGUACAAAGAGUGCAAUCCGGAAGAUACUGAGCCUCUGAGUGAGUCGGGCAAAGAGCAGAGGCAGAGACAAUCUAACCCAGAUACUGAGAAUGAGACUCCAUUAGAUGACAAAGAGGUAGUGGAGGAAUUAUCAGAGUUGUUUCAGGCCCUGGAUAUUGAUCCAGCCUCGCAGCUCAGUGAUGUCUAUUCACAGCUGGAGUCACGACUAGCGUUGCUCCCAGAGGGUGAAAUGCAAGAGCCGUUGUUAAAGACUAAUCUGAAUUCUACACAAUGGAGCGUGCUGAAUCAGAUUAGCCAAGCCCUCUUCAAGGACUAUGAGUGCCGUCGACAGAUGAUGAUCAACCGCUUGCAUGUUACCCUCCAGUCAUUUGCAUGGGGAGAGCGAGGAAAGGAGCGCAGUGCUCUGAUGUCCACUGUACCACCUUUAACAGCGCCACUCGAGUCGUCCGUGUCCAUUGCGCUCUUACUAGCAGCUAGAGAGGAUCAGUCUCGCAUUCUGCCCGUAACUGCAGGACCGUCAACAGCCAUUCACAAGAUGCUGAUGGGUAGCGUGCCGGAUAGAGGAGGUCGACCUGGUGAGAUUGAACCUCCUAUGCCAAUGUUCACUCGACGUAGUGAAGGAGGCGAUGGUCAGAGGCGUGAAAAAAAUAAAUUCAAGAGACGGGAGUACUCUGGGAAAAAGAAAAAAAACAAGAAUUGAUAGUAGCCUAGUGAUGCUGAUAUGAACCUGAAUGCUAAUCUUAAUCAGAAUAAUUACCAGUUGUUGUAUACUGUACAUAAUGUUAUGUUCUGCCUGUUUGAUGCUCAUAAGCCUUUACUGUCAUUUACAUUCAUAUAGAGGCUGAAGUUUGUGCACCAAGGAGAUUAUAAUUUUAUAUUUUGAUGUUCUAUUGGUAUACAAGUUUAAAGACUACAUACUAUUCAUGAUUUAGGUAUACAUUUGCACUAGUGAACUACCCUUCCUGGUCAUUUGUGUGAUACCCUUAAGAGUACAUAUUUUGUACCUGUAAGUGUGUGUGUGUGUGUGUUACUCUAUAAGUUAAUUAAAGGUGCAUGAGAGGUUCUCAAGGUCCAAUUAUGUUCCUUAAAUCAUUAUUAAAGGUACACUAUAUUCACAUUCGCAUUUAAAACAUACGCUAAAGGUACAAAAUAGGUACGUUUGAUGGUACCAGCCUAGUGAUAAGGGAAGGUACAGAUUAGUACUUUUUUUGAGAGUGUCAAAAAAAAAUUUUAAUUUGGACAUGACUAUGCUCCAGGCAGGGCUAACUUGAAAAAUUCUAAUUUAAUUUCUGUAUUGUAAGAGUUAAUUCAGUUUAUGAUUUCAUUUCUUGCAGUGAGAAAAGGUGUGGAAACAGGCUACAGUAGCAAGCUGAAGGCUACUUUUUUGUUUAUUUAGUUUUAUUUUAUUUUUAUUAUAAGGGGAAUGUGUCAUUCAGCUGUAGGCCUGUUUUAUUUGAAGUCCAAUUUGUAGAGUUCUUGCUUUCAUGUUAUUAAACACAGUAAAAGAGGA